AUGGAAUCAGAGGAAGAAUACAAACACUACAAGUACACAGAGGAAUCCAGUUUAAACCAUCCUAGCAUCGAUAGAGACCUGAUAAGCUCCUAUUCUUCCUAUAAAUCGAGGUCAUUGCCGAGUCAAAUUCAUUCGGACACUGUCUACAAUAGAUCCAGGAGCCGCAAUAUCAAAAAAUCAAUAGCCUCUGAGCCCAUUCGCAAGAAACCUGCUAUAUCACUGACGGAAGAGGCAUUGGCCAUCCACAACAACGAGAUACCCCCACAACAGACCAUAUACCCACCCACCAUUGUAGACGAUAAUGACACUGAACUGAUCAUGGAAAGAGUAGACGAGAAAUGCAGGAGCAUUCAACUCGAGUUUGAUGAAAAGAUCAAGCAAUUGGAAGCGCAAUUGACCAAAGCAGAGCAAGAUUACAGUCAAUCAAGAACAGAUAUUGAAGCCAUUCAUUUGAUGGAAAAAGAGUACAUGGAUGAGGGCAUUCAGACAGACAUACAGAACAAGGAUGUGGAGCAAUUGCAACAACUGGAAAGCGCACUGCAGGACUUGUCACUGAACCCGAAGGAAUUCAAAGAUCAAGUACAGCAAUGGAAGGCAGAUGCUGAGCAGUACGUACACACACGCAAGAUCAUUUGGGAUGCGCCGUUUGUGCCUGUAGAUUCCAUCUGCAGACAACUGCCAACUGCUGUUCAUCUACAGGAUAUAGAGGAUGACGACGACAUUUGCGAAUACCAUCGAGACAGAUAUUACAAGGUCAAGAACAGACUGCAUCGUGAAAAGGACGCACAUCAGCAGAAUUAUCAUGCCACACUGACGAGAUUAUCCAACAUGAUUAAGCAAUAA